AUGUUCGUGGACAAAUGGCAGCCGCACAGCUUCCAGAGCUUCAACGCCAAGAUCGAAACGGAUGGGAUCCAGGUCAGCCACCGGCCCAGCAGCAUCAAGCUGAAGGUGAACUGCUUUCGCUUGGUGUUUGAAGCUCCGAUUUUCCACUACCACUACGACCUUGACGGAGAAGCAGCUGCCACUGCCACCAGAAAUCCUCCAGAAGAGCGAAGAUUGCUGGAAGCUGUGUGGUCGGAGCUCGAAGGCAAGCUGUCGGUUUUUUGCCUCCGACUUCCGGGGCACAUUUUCUCGCCCACGGGCUUCGUGGAGGGCUUCAAAAUCAGCAAACGCAUCGGUUCCAAGGACUUCAGCAUGAUUGUGUCCUUCCACGAGAAGCUCAGUUCCACAAACGGAGUCGCCUCAGUGGUGGCCCAACACAUCAUCAACCAGCUGGCCUCGCCCGCACGGAAGGUGGGCCGCCGUAUGUACAAGGAGCACGUGGCAGUUGAUCCUGGCAAAAGUUCCAUGAACACGAUGCAUUCGCUGAGCGUGCUGCACAGCUACGGCCUGCAGAGUCCCCUGUUGCUACUGGACCUCAUGAACCGCCCGGUUCAUGAGAAGACCAUCAUCGACGUUCUGCGCACGGUGAUGCCAGGCGUAGAUAUCUUUCAGCAUAGCCUGGACCCGGAGAUGAGAACGGAGUGGCUGCAGUGUUGCGUAUCGGCCACGGUGGUGACCGUGUACAACAACCGCGUCUACAAGAUCAAGAAGGUUCACUUCGACAUGACUCCCGAGUCCGUCUUCACGAUGAAUCGCAAGGGAGGAGCCGACGUGAACAUUAGUUUACAAUAUUAUGUGGAGCUCUUCUACGCCUGCACUGUGAAGUACAAGUCGCAACCUGUGCUUGAAGCUUUCCCUGACAAACCAAGCGAACGGGUCUUCUUGCUGCCAGAGUUUUGUCACCUCAUUGGGACAGAUGAAGAGAGCAAUCAGAAGCGCCUGAUGGAAACCUUAAAGCGACUCAAGGCUUCACCACAGGAACGCUUCGAUGCCGUCUUGCAAGCGGUGGGGAAAGACCUCAAGGAUGACAUUUGUGCGAAGUGGGGCUGCAAGCUGGACAAGAAGCCCUUGAUGGUCGAGGGCCGCUGCUUGGCCAACGAGAAGUGGCAUGUUGCCUUCGAGGAGGACCAACGGUUUCAGGUCGAUGAAGAAGGAAACUUUACACGCUGGCUCCGCCACGGCUUACAAGAUGCCCGGGAAAUCGAAAAUUGGCUGCUGAUCUACCCCGAAAUGGACGAGCCGGUCCUGGACAUCUGGAUCAACAGUUUGCGCACCACCGCGCAGACGGGCUUCAAGAUGGCCCUGGGGGAACCCAUUCGGCUCAUGUGCUCGGAUCCUCGCGUGGAACUGCCGGAGCUGCUGCAGCGGCAUGUGAUUAUUGGGCAGACACAGUUCGUCCUGCUGAUGACCCCAUCCAAUGAUAGCUGGAAGGUCUAUCGGCUCUUUAAGGAAUGGACGUGUUGUCAGCUGCCGGUGCCGUCGCAAGUCAUCAAGAGCGACACCAUCCGAAAGCGGCAGUCCACGGGGAUGAUCCUGGCGCGGAUCGUCCAACAGAUGAACGCCAAAUCUUGGGGGCCUUUGUGGCACAUUUUGCCGGAGGAAAAGGAGACUCCUGUCUUUGAAAAAUUCUAUCGGCAUCCUGUGAUGAUGUUGGGAAUCAACAUCUAUCAAACGUCCGGUGGGCAUCGCUGGAUGGCUCUUGUGGCCUCGUUGAACAAGGCGUGCUCGCAGUUUUACUCCGGGGCCAAAGAAUGCACGGACUCGGCAAGCCUUUCAGUCAACUUGCAAAAUCUUUUUCGGGAUGCGCUUCUGGACUUUGCCGACAACAACGACCGGCAAGUUCCCCAGCACUUGGUGAUCUAUCGCGGCUUCGUGGAGGACGAGGACUAUCCAUCUCUGGAGGUUGAGCUGAAGUCCCUGCAGGCGGUGCUCAACGUGGCGGCGAAGCAAAUACGAGAGGAGUAUGUGCCGGAGAUCACCUACAUCGCGGUGGCCAAACAGGAUGACAUGCGCAUCUUCAGCCUACGACCUGAUGUGGCGAACAUUGCAAACCCAGAGUCAGGUACCGUGGUGGAUGAUCCCAAAAUUUGCUCAAGCACCUUUCCCAGCUUCUAUGCCAUCAAUCAGAGCACAACCAAAGGAACAGCCGUUCCAGCCCACUUUAGUGUCCUGAAGAAGCCCGAGAACAUGUCCAUGGACUUUAUCCAGUCCUUGACCUAUCGCCUGUCAUUGCUGUACUACAACUCCAACGCCGCCAUUCGUUUGCCAGCUCCCCUGAUGUACGCGCACCGUUUGGCCAAAUUUGCGGGAACGGACGCAGCCUGGAAUGCGGUAGCUGUGCCCAGUCCGGCAGAGAAGGCGCUGCCCUGGUUCCCGGGCAUUGGCAAGUUGCGGCGCCAGCGGCGACUGCAACGGAAGGCGAACCAGGUGAACCCCCAGGAGGCAUCGGCGGCAUCGCCCCAUCUCUACGGCGCGGCGGAGAUCCUUACACUGCGGGAACACAACUUCGAUGCGAAGAUCUUCCACCUGCACACCCCAAAGGCGGCAGGCUGCUCGGUGGUCUCCGAUCUCAGUAGCUUGGUGGGACGCAAGAACAUCUACUCUGACGAGCGGUGCUUCCGCUUGUCGGACUCUGCCAAUUUCACAGCGCUACAAGACAGGGUGGUCAUGAUCCGACAACCUCGGGAGCACGUCUUCUCGCAGUACCAAUUUUGCAAACUGGCAAGCGAUCCAGGCUAUCGAAGUACCUUGAGAUAUCUGCGGGGCCUUCCAGGUCAGACGAACUUCCAUUUGGCGAAUUCGUUCCAGAAUUGGACGGACGAAUGGACGCGCAGUCCUCGCUAUGGCCGCUACAGCAUCUACGAAGACUACGAGUUCUGUUACUGUCCGCACAACUUGCAAGCAUCCAGACUGGCGUGCCAAAACGACAACUUCUGCUCUGCAACUGUUGACCUCGAUGCCGCAAAACGCAGCCUUGAUGCUGCGACCAUGCUGGGUGUGACAGAAGCCUAUCACGAGUCACUCUGUUUGUUCCAUGCCCAUUUGAUGGGCGAGCUGCCAGAUCACUGCAAUUGCGAGAGCCCUGACUGGAACUCCUACAAAGAAACCAAAGAGACGCAUGGGGAGAGCUAUGAAGGAUCCAUCGAGGACAUGCCAGCAGAGACCAUUGCGCAGGUUGAUGCCAUGACUCAGCAGGACAGGGCCAUCUAUCAGAGAGGUGUGAAGCGCUUCGUCGCAGACGUGCAGAAAAUGGAGAAACGCUUUGGAACAAAGUCUGACGUUUCGGCGCCCGCGAUCCGCCCGGUCAGUCCGGAAGCGUUGGAGCAGCGGCCGCAGACGGCGCUGCCGGGCAAUUCGGCCGGUCUGCGUGUGUUCCUGGCACAGCCUGUGGAGGAUCGUUGGCUUCGCACCACGUCGCGCGACGCCAAGCUGAAGCCCAGCACCGCGGACCAUCAGUUGAUUUCAUCGCGCUCUGCUACUUGCAGAGAGUUCCUACGCCAUGGCGCACGCAGCCAAUGGGAAAGGGAGAAACCUGUCUCUGCCAUGUCUUCCUUCGCACAUGGCUACACGAUGCUCUGGGGCGUCAACUUCUUCAGCAGACGAGGGAGCCAACGUCCAUAG